GUGCUUUCCAUUUUCAUUCUCCAGAGAUUUUUACAAGAGAUUUCUUCUCCCGUCUGUGGAUUCUAAUUUCAAAUUCCUUAUGGAUUCGAUCAAAGCUCCCGCGGGAAGAAAAAUCCCCUUUUUUCUUUUGACAAUUGGAGGCCCUUCCUUCCCCAAUCUCUCUCAAUCUCUUUCGCCCAUUUUUCAUCAUUUGAUUCACGACAGGCUGCUCUCCGAUAGCCGAUUUCAGCCCAUUGAAGUCUAUUUCAUCCAUUCAUCCAUCGAAGAUUCACUCCAUCUCACAGACAAUUCUUGGAGCAACUGUAUACUAUGUCCAAAAUAUGGUGCUGCUGACAAAGAUCCUCUAUAUGGCAUGGGUUCUGGUUCUUCGGGUGCAUUUGAGAAGUCUGGCCUCGGGCGUCGCUGAAAUCCGUUGUUUUUUUUUUCUCAUGCUUUUCCUUGUGUCUCAAUCUGUAAAUUUUCUGUCCAUUAUGUAACCUUUCAUUCUCAGGAUGCUUGUAAAUGGGGCUGGUUGUAAAUAA